AUGGUCUCCCUCAAAUCCCUCCUCGCGGCGUCCCUCGCCCUCGCAAGCCACUCCCUCGCCCAACGGACCAUCCAGAUCCUCGCCAUCCAAGACCUGACCCUCCCCGACACCUUCGUCUACAAGCCCAACUCCGUGACCGCCAACGUCGGCGACGUCGUCGAGUUCCACUUCGCGCCCACGGGAUUCCUGCCGUCGAACCACACCGUCGCUCAGGGGACUUUCGAGAAGCCCUGCCAACCUAUGCCCAAUGGGUUCUACUCGGGGAAUGUGACUGCGGCGCCUGAUACUCCCCUCGGCGAAGCUGAAUUCGUCUUCCAAGUCCAGAUCCAGACCACCGAUCCCCUCGUAUUCUACUGCACCACCGGCCAGCACUGCACUCGCGGAAUGUACGGCGUUAUCAACCCCUCGUCCAACCGAAACCUCGCCUCGUACAAGAAGAUCAUCACCUCCCACGGCCCUGCUGGCGUGCCUCCCCGCAUCAACGGCGGCAACCUCGUUCGGAACCCCGGCGCCGUCAACCAGGCUGCGCUCGUCGCUGGUGCGUCGACGUCCUCGGCGAUUUCGAUGCUUGGUGUUGCGGGCGCGAUGGCCUUUGCGGUGUUGAUGGCGUAG